AACGUACUACAGGCGCAGGACAGCUCCCUGCAUGACGCUGCCCAUUGCGACAUUCCCCCAUGCGCUCGCUGCGUAGCUUUUUUAUACGCAGCACUGUGUCGGCGCGCUCAUGUCCUGCUUCUUCAGUUCGUCCAUUCGCCGUUUCGUUCCCUCGACUGCGUUCGCUUGACAUGGAGACCGUCAACACCACCGAGCGGCUUGCCAACCUGCGGCAGCUGAUGAAGCAACAUCAAGUCGAUGUUUACAUCGUGCCCUCUGAAGACAGCCAUCAGUCCGAGUACAUUGCCCCCACCGACGCCCGCAGAACCUUCAUUUGCGGUUUCUCAGGCUCCGCCGGCACCGCCGUGAUAACGCACGAAAAGGCCGCCUUGGCUACGGAUGGCAGGUACUUCAACCAGGCCGAGAAACAGCUGGACUCGAAUUGGGAGCUUCUCAAGCAAGGCUUGACAGACGUCCCCACAUGGCAAGAAUGGGCGGCCGAUCAGUCGGAAGGUGGCAAGACGGUCGGUGUAGAUCCCGCUGUCAUCACAGCUGCCGAGUCGCGCAAGCUUGCAGAGAAGAUCAAGAAGAAAGGUGGUGCAGCGCUCAAGCCCGUUUCGGAGAACCUCGUCGAUGCAGUGUGGGGAAAGAGCAAGCCCCCGCGACCAAACGAGAAGGUUAUCGUGCUGGAAGAGAAGUACGCCGGUAAGAAGUUCGAGGAAAAGAUUGAAGACCUGCGCAAGGAGCUGGAUAAGAAGAAGAGCGCCGGAAUGGUGAUUUCUAUGCUAGAUGAAAUCGCGUGGCUUUUCAACCUGAGGGGCAACGAUAUUCCCUACAACCCUGUCUUUUUCUCGUACGCAGUGGUUACACCAGACGACGUAACGCUGUACGUGGACGAUAGCAAGCUAGAUGAGGACGUGAGGAAGCACCUAGGUAAGGUUAAGAUCCGGCCGUACGAUGCCAUCUUCGGUGACAUCACCGCCCUCAGCGCCGAGCUCAGCAAGCAGGCAACCGGCGAAGAAAAAACGGAGCCGCGAAAGUUCCUCAUCUCGACCAAGGCAUCUUGGGCGCUAAGUGAGGCACUGGGUGGCAAGGACAAAGUCGACGAGCUAAGAAGCCCCGUCGGCGAUGCAAAGGCCGUCAAGAACCAGACCGAGCUCGAAGGCAUGCGCCAAUGUCACAUCCGUGACGGCGCCGCUCUCUCCGAAUUCUUUGCCUGGCUCGAAGACCAGCUCGUCAACAAGAAGGCUACACUGGAUGAAGUUGCUGCAGCAGACAAGCUUGAGCAGAUACGAUCGAAGCACGAUCUCUUCAUGGGCCUGUCAUUCGACACCAUUUCGUCCACCGGCCCCAACGCUGCCGUCAUCCACUACAAGCCAGAGCCAGGCAGCUGCUCCGUCAUAGAUCCUUCGGCCAUCUACUUGUGCGAUUCAGGCGCGCAGUACAAGGAUGGCACGACAGACACAACACGCACUCUGCAUUUUGGGGAGCCGACACCUAUGGAACGCAAAGCUUACACACUUGUGCUGAAAGGCCAUAUCGCGCUCGACGUGAUCCGCUUCCCCAAAGGCGUGACGGGAUUCGCUCUCGAUAGCUUAGCGCGCCAGCACCUUUGGAUGCAGGGGCUGGAUUACAGACACGGCACUGGACAUGGCGUUGGCUCUUUUUUGAAUGUGCACGAGGGACCAAUCGGAAUUGGAACAAGAAAGCAGUAUUCGGAAGUGCCGCUGGCGGUUGGGAACGUUAUAUCCAACGAACCCGGAUACUACGAGGAUGGAAGCUUUGGCAUCCGCAUCGAAAAUAUAAUAAUGGUUCGUGAGGUUGAGACGGAGCACAAAUUUGGCGACAAGCCCUUCCUCGGCUUCGAGCACGUAACCAUGACACCCAUGUGCCGCAAACUCAUCGAUCCGACGCUGCUAACUCCGGAAGAAAAGAAAUGGCUGAAUGAAUACCACGCUGAGGUUUUCGAAAAGACGAAGGGCUACUUCGAAAAUGACGAAUUGACCAUGGCGUGGCUGAAGAGGGAGACGGCCCCAUACUAAAUGUCUUUGGCGACGAAAUAGACAUAUACACUGAUCAUUGAUUUUUAAAGCGCUAGUAAUGGGAUCGAACAUAUGCCAUUGAGAAUAUUCCACGAAUGCGACUACAUCUUGAGCAAGAGAUUCGACAACUGCUCGAAGUUCGGACAGUGAACUACUUAUGUCCACCCAAUGGUUAGAUGUGUGUAUAACGAAGCCAGUCGCUGACAAUCCUUGCACUCAGUGCUUAAGAUCAUCUGCCCCAAACCUCGAGUUUCCAUCGUCUUCGAACUGCCAAUUGUUGGCAUCUCCAAGCUCCAACACACGCAAGAUAUCGUCCAAGUUCCGCUUCAGCUCUUGAACGUGGCUUUGCUGCGUUUGCUGCUUUUGCUGCUCUCCGCCGUGAAGCCGCUCUUGAAGACUGGGUAGCUCAGCAAGGUAGCGUCUCAGCAUCUCCGUGGGCCGUUUUGACGAGCUUCUGUCAAGUCAGACACGUUCGGCUGACACACGCCGUGUGACGGGCGAACAGACCUUUGUGGCAUCUUCUCGUGCUAAACCUCGCAGAUGCACG